GUUAUGGCAUCGCUCAUUACAAAAUACCGUAAACGCAUCAUUUCGCUUUCGUAAAUUACGGAGGAUUGUUGUGUCUACAUUGCUAGUAUUGAACGAAGAUUUGUGUAUCUUUAUUUUAAUUGUGAUUUUUAAUUUUAAUACAAAAUGAAAUUAAUAACACAUAAUAUGUUAACUUCACAAUCUUUAAAAGGAGUUACUGUGGGUUAUCCUUUGGGAAUUAUUGCUAGAGAUGUUAGAAUAGCUGAAAUUGACUUUAAUCCAGAAUUCAUAAUUAAGAUUAUUCCAAAAUUAGAUUGGCCAGCUUUGUGGAGAGCUGCUGAAAGUAUUGGACAUGCUGACAUAAUUCCCAAAGAAUUACAAAAAGGUUAUGAUAAAGAUAUUGAUUUCUUAAAACAAGCACACCAUGCGUUAUUUGAAAUUGAUGUCGUAAGUGGAGACUUGCUGUGUCCAGAAUCUGGUAGACGUUUUCCCAUUAAUGAUGGCAUACCUAAUAUGCUUUUGAACGAAGAUGAAGUGAACAAUUAAUUAUUUAAUAAAAGAACUAAUAAGCAUUAACAGGAUUGUUCGUGGCGCCACGAUGUGAAAUACAUUUCUAUUAAUCUGGUCUAUUAACCAGUGACCCCCGUAGCAUUCAACCUGUUAAGUAAUGUACAAAAUUUGUUUAUAUUAUUAUUAACAUAGAUAUGUUUACCGAACUUAAUGUUUAUAAAUUAACAUGUUAA